AUGGAUUCUUCCAAAAUCGUAGUUAUUCAAGAAUGGUCGCAACCUAGUAAUAUUAAGAAGCUUUAUACCUUUUUGGACCUCACAAGUUACUACCAAUGUUUUAUUUUGAACUAUGGGUGUAAUGUAUAG